AUGCAGACUGCUUCUACAAACAUUUGUGAAAGAAUGGAUCGCUCUCAGGAGCUCAGCGAAUUCAAGCGUGGUACCGUGAUAGGUUGCCACCUGUGCAAUAAGUCCAUCCGUAAAAUUUCCUUGCUAUUAAACAUUCCACAGUCAAUUAUUAGUGGUAUUAUAACAAAAUGGAAACAACUGGGAACAACAGCAACUCAGCCACGAAGUGAGUGGGGGGUCAGCGCAUGCUGAAGCGCACACUGUGCAGAAAUCACCAACUGGCUGCAGGGUCAAUAGCUAAAGGCUUCCAAAUUUUGUGUGGCCUUCAGAUUAGCACAACAACAGCGUGUAGAAAGCUUCAUGGAAUGGGUUUCUAUUGCCAA